UUGAGAAGGCGUCAGUGUGUUUAGUUUGUGCAGUCGAACCUGGAGCAGUGUGACAGAUGAAUUGUCGAAAAUAGAGGAAAAGGGAACGCGGGCGACUCUCCCGUGCACAAAAAAAACAUGUUUCCUAAAGGCAAAAGCUCCGUCGUGCCAUCGGAUGGUCAAGCUCGGGAAAAGUUAGCUUUGUAUGUGUAUGAGUAUUUGUUACACAUUGGUGCUCAGAAGUCAGCGCAGACUUUCCUGUCAGAAAUCAGAUGGGAAAAGAACAUCACGCUGGGAGACCCUCCUGGGUUCCUACAUUCCUGGUGGUGUGUCUUUUGGGACCUCUACUGUGCAGCUCCUGAGAGGAGAGAGACAUGUGAACAUUCAAGCGAGGCCAAGGCUUUCCAUGACUAUAGUGCUGCAGCAGCCCCCAGUCCUGUUCUUGGGAACAUGCCACCAGGAGAUGUCAUGCCUGGUGGACCCAUGCCCCCCGGAUUCUUCCAGGGCCCUCCCGGCUCCCAGGCCUCCCCUCACGCUCCUCCUCCCCCUAACAGCAUGAUGGGACCCCACGGCCAGCCUUUCAUGUCACCUCGCUUUGGUGGGGGACCACGACCACCCAUCAGAAUGGGCAGCCAGCCCCCAGGUGGCGUUCCAGCCGCCCAGCCAAUGCUCCCAAACAUGGAUCCGAGACUACAGGGGCCGAUGCAGAGGAUGAAUGUUCCUAGAGGAAUGGGUCCCAUGGGCCCCGGCCCCCAGAGUUUUGGAGGAGGGAUGAGACCACCACACAACUCAAUGGGCCCUGGCAUGCCUGGAGUGAACAUGGGCCCUGGAAAUGGCAGACCACCAUGGCCAAAUCCAAAUGCCAACAAUAUGCCAUAUUCAUCACCAUCUCCUGGUGCCUAUGGGGGUCCACAAGGAGGGGGGCCUCCAGGAACACCUGGAAUUGUUCCUAGUCCAGCAGACUCCAACAACUCCAGUGAAAACCUGUACACCAUGAUAAACUCAGGAGGUGGAGGCCGCAACAGUGUAAGAGACAGACCUGCUGACUCAUUUCUCAGAGGCACACCAUUCAGAAAUUGCUUAGUGUAUUACAUUAGUGCAGCUGAAGUGCCCUUGGCUGUGUUCAUGUUACCCUUUUUCAUAUGA